UUAUUAAUUUUUAAACAACAACACUAAUAAUACAAUCAACACCAACAACAACAACAACUAAUUAUAUAAAAAAAAAUGAAACCUCAAGUAGUCUGUAUUGACGACAUUGAACGGUACGCAUUGGACAACCUAAACAAAUCGGUUGCCGAUUACUACCGGAGCGGUGCUAACGAUGAGCAAACAUUGGCCGAAAAUCGUCGGGCAUUUGCCAGACUUAGGAUUCGGCCCCGAUUUUUGCGGGAUGUUAGCCAACGGUCGCUGAGGACAACCGUUUUAGGUCAACCCAUAGCUGCGCCAGUGUGUGCAUCGCCGUCGGCAAUGCAAAAAAUGGCUCAUCCAAUGGGAGAGUUAGCCACUGCUAAAGCGUGCGAAACAAUGGACACAAUUAUGAUAUUGAGUACAAUAUCGACAUCAAGUAUUGAAGAGGUGGCCGCCGAGGCCAGUGUAGCGAUGAAAUGGUUUCAAUUGUACAUCUAUAGGGACCGGGAGGUUACCCGACAGCUGGUCGAACGGGCCGAACGAUCGGGUUUCGGUGCACUCGUACUGACCGUCGAUACGCCAAUGUUUGGCCAUCGAUUGGCCGAUUCGCGUAACGGUUUUUGUUUGCCGCCACACUUGCGUAUGGCCAACUUUGUGGCCGGUGCUCAGGCAUCGGAUGCCAUACAAAACCGGCCAACAGAUGGCCAGUCAGGACUGAGUGAAUACGCACAGUCGCUGUUUGAUCCGUCCAUUGAAUGGAAAGACCUUCGGUGGCUCCGGUCGAUCACCCGAUUGCCUAUAGUAGUCAAAGGUGUACUAACACGAGAGGAUGCACUGUUAGCCCUGAAAUAUGGUUGUUCAGCUAUACUAGUUUCAAAUCACGGUGCCCGACAAUUGGAUGGUGUUCCCGCAACUAUUGAGGCACUGCCUGAAGUGGUAAAGGCUGUACAAAAUAGAUGCGAAGUCUAUUUGGAUGGUGGGGUACGAACCGGAACCGAUGUCCUUAAAGCACUGGCAUUGGGUGCCAGAGCCGUAUUUAUUGGACGUCCUAUACUAUGGGGACUGGCCUAUGAUGGUCAAUCUGGUGUGGAAAAAGUAUUUUCAAUACUCAAGCAGGAACUGGAUAUGGCAAUGGCACUGUCAGGUUUAUCUACCGUUACCGAUAUAGCUAACCAAUCAACAACAUCAUCAUCGUCACCAUUGGUAGUAUCAGAAAAUUAUUAUAGAUCACAAUUGUAA